AUUUGUUUAUCCCAGAUCACUGGGUGACCCCCAUUGUUUGAAAAAUUAAGACCCCCCUUGAGAUAAAGAGAGAAGAGGUCAAACAGUGGAUCUGACAACUUGGAUCUAUCGAUUCUUUGAAUUGAUUCCAAGUUUUCUUUGCAAUCCAACACUUCUUGGAUUGUAAUAAAGGUGGAACAAACAAUGGGUUCCAAGAAGAAAUUAACAACCCAGAAAAGUUUCCCUUCUGCUUCUCCAGUUCAACAAAUGUCUAUUUCAGAUCAAUGUGCGAAGCAUCAAAAGGAUUUAGAAAAUUUGAAUCUGUUGACACAGCCUUUCAGAACGCUCAAGCUUUUCAGUAUGGCGAUGGUGCAGUACCUCAGGAAGUCGAUAGCAUAUCUUUUGUCGCAUCGAUGGUGUAUGUUCUUCAGUACCAUUGCUGUACUUGCCUUAGUACUGCUUGUGACAACCGAUGGUCCUCAUGUAAAGCAUGUCGAGGAGGUUCUUAAAUAUCUCCAGUUUGUAUUAUGGUGGGUGGCUCUUGGUGUUGCAUCUUCUAUUGGCCUUGGGUCUGGUCUGCACACUUUUGUCCUCUAUCUGGGCCCUCAUAUUGCUUUAUUUACGAUAAAAGCAAUGAAGUGUGGGCGAGUUGACCUCAAAAUGGCUCCCUAUGAUACAAUACAAUUUCAAAGAACUCCUUUAUGGCUUCGCAAAGAUUGUUCAGAGUUUGGCCCCCCUGUAUUUUCAUCUUCACAUGGCACAAGUGUUCCUCUUAGUAGCAUACUACCCCAAGUACAGUUAGAGGCUGUUUUGUGGGGCCUUGGAACCGCACUUGGAGAGCUUCCCCCAUAUUUUAUUUCAAGAGCAGCAAGCCUCUCGGGUAGUAGAGUGGACGCAAUGGAAGAACUAGAUGCACCUCCUGAAAAUAAUGGAUUUCUAUCUACUCGUCUGACUCAAAUGAAGCGCUGGUUUCUUUCCCAUGCACAAUGUUUGAACUUCUUCACAAUUCUAAUACUUGCUUCGGUUCCAAAUCCUCUAUUUGAUCUUGCUGGCAUAAUGUGUGGACAAUUUGGGAUCCCAUUUUGGGAGUUCUUUUUCGCAACUUUGAUUGGAAAGGCUAUCAUAAAAACUCACAUACAGACCGUGUUUAUAAUAUCUGUUUGCAACAAUCAACUUCUUUAUUGGGUGGAAACCGAGUUGAUUCGGAUGCUUAGUUUUAUACCCGGUCUUGAAACCAUGUUACCCAACAUCAUUGCCAAGCUCCAUUCCAUGAAAGACAAGUAUAUGGCUACCAAAACUCCUUCAGCAUCAAAUAUAAAGGUGAACAAAUGGGAUUUCUCAUUUGCCUCAGUUUGGAACGGCGUGGUUACAAUCAUGCUGCUGAACUUUUUCGUUAAGAUUGUAAAUGCUACUGCACAAAGGUAUUUAAAGAAACAGCAAGAAAAUGAAUUGGCUGGUCUGAAGAACAAAUCAUCCUGAGGGCAAUCAAAUAACCCUCUUCAUUCUCAUAGAUUUGUUUUACGUCCCAGCUCGCUAGCUACAUUUGUCAAAUGGUCAGAAAUAGGGCUUACGAAACAAUUGGUGGAUUUGGUGAUUACGAUAGAAGCUACUUGGAGACUCGGCACCAGCAAGUCCAUUUCAGAAACUUUGUACAAAAGAACACUAGUCUCACAAGUUCAUUGACUAUUAUGUAACUUCAAGAGAAACAUUAUUUUAGGGGUGCCAAUGAAGUGCCAUUGUUGACAACUUUGGAGAUUCAGGAAAUUUGUAACUCAUUAUUGGGCAGAUGCUCCAACAUUUAGAAAGUGAAGAUACCAUUUUCUGCAUUUAUAAA